UUUAGCAUCAGAAGCUAAAUUACUAAGUACUUGGCUAGAAGAGGGUUUCCCAUCCAUGUUCGUGGAAGGAUAUUCGGCCGAAAUUGGAACACAGGUCAUGUCCGGGUUGCUCUGGAUCUUACCCGGAAUGGACUUACAUGAGCCCGUUGUUCUCGUCACGGCAAGGACAAUAGCAUUGGGAGGGAUUUAUGACGAUAUUUUGGACACAGAUGGAAAAUACAUCAAGGAAGAAUUUCGACCCAUAAAAGAAAAUUUACUAAAAUCUGUCCUUGCUUUGUUGCGAUUGGGUAAGCCGAAAUUGUCUAAUAUUUGCUUCGUUAAUGAUUUUGUAUAAUUUGUGUAGGUUUAGAAAUGGAUUUAUAUGCGGCAGAAUCCAUACGAGUGGAACCAUUCAUUCAAAGUUUUUGCAUCUUGAUGAUAAAGAACUUUAUGAGUUUGGGAUUAACAGAUCCAACAGAUUUGGUGAAAAGGAUUUCAAGUCAGAUUACUACAGUUGCAACAAACAUGAUGACAUGUGACUGGAUCUCUCGUAAUCAAAUGCAUGCCAGUCCUCGCCGGUAUUCUAUGGAUGUUGUGAGACGUUUUCGUGCCAUGGUUUUUUAAUUAUAAAAUUUGUGCAACCAAUUCAAACAAAAAUGUCAUAUUUAACAAUAACUCGUAUUUAUAAAUGCAGGACGAUGCCCUUCCCAUAUUUGCCGAACAUUUUUACAACGUCCGUUAUGGUCCUUUGCCAUCCUGGGUUUUGGCAUCGCCACAACUUCAAAUCUUUAAAAGUGUGGCGUUGCACAUUUCAUCCGGACUAAAUGAUGUAUUUGGGUUUAAGAAGGACAUAAUAAAAGGGGAACCUGAUGGGAUGAUAAUGCAAAGGAUUGGGUGGGGAGAGGAACCGCUAUCAGUGUUUGAGGAGGAGCUUAAAAUUUUACAGGAGUACAUUGAGGAUUAUGUACUAUUGAGGGAAGAAUUAUUUGUCCACUUUCCUGAAGUAAUCAACUAUGUUGAAAUGGUGGAUUCGUAUCUUUACGGCUAUAUUCAAGCUAUGAAGAACUCGACCAGAUAUUUACUUGAUGGGAUGAUAUAUUUUGAUGACGAUGAGUUAGAUUCGGAAGAUAUUGAUUAAAAAAUUGCUAUCAUAGGUAUUACAUUCUUUCCAUUUAGCCCGACCCCAGGCUUAUAUACCUGUGAUGUCCGUCUUUAUUGUAAAAACUGCAAAUUUUGGAAAAAAAUGGGAGUUUACGGAAAUAAUAAUUUGUAAAGUUAUGACACCAUCGGGGAAUCUGCGAUAAUAAUAUUUUUGUAAUUGUAAUUUGCUGCUUUUAAAAAGGUGGUGUUCAAACUGGACGAAAAUUAUGUAAGGAAGGCAAAAUUUUGUGAAGAAGAAGUUUGUAUUUUGGCAAA